CCUCUUCUACUUGGUCUUUCUACAUGUUCUGUUCUUUAGAGAUUUAGAGGCCUCUUCAUCGGUACUUCAUCUUCCAUCAUAGCAGAUCAACAUCCUCAGAUCGGAUUUUAGCGGCACAAUAUGUAUUCAGUGCUCUGAUGACUUAUGUUACCAUAUAUGCUUGUUUGUGUUGUGUGGCUCUCCCUUCACAUGCUUUCAUCCCAGCCAGCUAAUAUGUGCGGCUCUCCCUUCAUCUAUUAUUUUCCCAGCUAGAGCUAAUAGCAUUUCUGUCCUUCUUACAGCAAAGGCGCGAUGGACUCCUCCGAGAAGGCCAAAGGAAAGGAGAAGGUGGAGACCACGGAAGCGAGCGAAACCAUAAUUGCUGUUGGAGGGGAGGAUAACUCCAGGGCAGCAGGCGGCCUUUCCCCUGGCGAUAUCGGAGCAUAUGCAAGCCGAAUGGACGAAGCAACGGACGUUUGGGCCAAGAAAAUGCUGGAUAAAAUCGAUGUCGUCCUUCAGAGGGCACCUAGUUACACUGCAUCCAAAAGCAUCAGCACAGCUCCUGCAAGCACUGAGGACCGUGACAAGAAGCUUUACAAGCCAAGGGCGGUGGCCAUCGGGCCCCACCACAGGAAGGAGGAUAAUUAUUUCAGAAUCACAGAUGAACACAAACUGUGGUGUGUGAAAAAAGUGAUCGGCGAUAGUUACAAACAAGACCUCGGUAAAUUCCUCGGUAAGAUGAAGGAGAGGAAAGAAGAUGCUGUGAAGUUUUAUCGUGAGCGUUAUGGGACCGACAAUAACUCCGGCUUGGAUUGCCAAAGUUUUCUGGAGAUGCUAAUGCUUGAUAGCUGCUUCAUCUUGUUUGCGCUUUCAUUUCAUUAUGGUCAUGCCAAGGUACUCCCUAACCUGUCGGGCUUUACCACUGUACCAUGGGCCCGUCGUGAUAUAGUGCGGGCAUUGGACCUUGUCAAGAGUGACUUGCUGUUGCUCAGCAACCAAAUCCCUUUCUUUAUCCUUGAGGAUGUUUUCAAGAUGAAAAAUGAUAUUGACCCAACAAAAAAGAUGCAAAAUGGAGGCAAUGAAGGCAACGGAUCAAUCAGAGAAGAUGCUCUCAAUUUUUUUGAUAAUCUUGGUUUAGGAAGGAACAGUUCGAAAGGCACAGAAACAAAGGAGGUUGAUCAUCUGCUUGAUUUGUACCACAUGUAUUUGGAGCCACCGGAUCAUAGUUCAGACAAUUUGGAAGAUAUCGGUUUACUUAUCGAUCCACAUCGAUAUGUCCCCAGCGCAACAGAGCUUCGACGAAAGUCUGCGGUGAAUUUUAAGAAGAAAAAAAUUGUAACGCAAAGCGUACUCGACGUAACGACGUGCAAAUUUGGACAUAUCCAGAUGCCGGCAUUGCGCGUCGAGGACCAUACCAAUAUUCUCCUCCACAAUCUAGUCAGCUUUGAGGAGUCUUCUGGCACCACGGACUCGUACAUCACAGCCUACGUUGCAUUCAUGGAUUGCAUCGUGCAGAGAGAAGAAGACGUGGAGCUGCUUGAAAAUAGAGGGGUGUUGGAGCACAGAUUGACCAGCCCUGCAGAGGUGGUCGCCCUCUUCGGGCAAUUUCAUGACGUGAUCGAUCAUCAAAAGACGCCGGGUUACUUGGCUAAGGUAUACAAGGAGGUGAUUCGUUGUCGCCACAGCAAGUGGCGCAGAAUGUAUGCCGAUGCGAAGCAACGUUAUUGCUCCAGUGUAUGGCUGAGCAUCUCGUUUGUUGCCGGUAUCACUCUAUCAGUUGCCGCCCUCAUCCAGACCAUCUACACCAUCACCGGCUCCUAUAAAAAAUGAAUGGCACUGCUGCUAGCUAGGAGCAGCGUUUGAUGUUAUUCUGAAUAAAUCGUGCAUGUAUGUAAUCCAUCGCACUUUCCUGUGUUAUAUUGUAAGCUUUCCGAUGUCUCUCCCCUCGAUUUCAGGGAUCCUCCCUCCAUCGGGGGAGGCGAAGUAUUUUUCAUCUUCUUUUGGUGUAAUAAGUGUGGUGGUAGUUACUUGUCUGAAUUCUCCCCCUUAAGGUAAAUUAAGCUUCCAAGUGGAACUUCUUAAGCCAUGUA